UAUUUUUAGGCUACACGGCGAGAAGUUUGCCCCGAUAUUUUCUUCUUGUAAUAUGCGGAAGUGCACUUUCAAUUACCUACUCAAUGUUUGCAAACAUUAUAUUUCGCUUCAAACAUUUUAAAGUGUAGUUUGUCCCUUUGUCACAUUCUUUUUACUAUUUCCAAACGAUUUCUAAACUUUUUCAAUAGCCAAAUGUCAAUGUCAACACUAUUGACAAACGUUAAGUUUGGACGGAGUUGAGACCCGAAAACACGUUUAGUAGGUUAUGUAAAUUAAAAUACAAGACUGAAUUUAUGAAUUGCAUAGUAUUUAACAUGAAUCGUCCAUGUGGUAAAAGGCUUGUGGUUAUUUGACGUACUUUAAUUAUAGUAAAUAUCAUUUUGUAAUUGACCGUGAGUGUUGAUAUUUAAAUCGAUUCAGUGGUUAACUCCGAUUAACAUUGGACGUCUCCCCUGUUGACAAUGAAGUUUAUGGGACGAUGUUAAAUGGGCACUCACAAAAUACUGCUUGGCCUGAGUCACAUCGACAGAACGAAAAUAUGUUUAGAUUGCCGAGGCCCCUAAAAAAUGGCGAUAUGAUAGAAAUAAAUGGAUUUUUACAAGGCGAUCCACAGAGGUUAUUACUCAAACUUACAACAGGCAUGAAUAAUCCAGAUGAUUACAAUAUUGUAUGCAAGGCUGAAGCUAAUUUCUCUGAGAAUAUUUUCCAUAUAAGCGGCAGUGUAAAUGGACAAAUAGACAACCAACCCCCCUCUGAGGAACCAGAUUUGAUUGGUCAAUUUCCAGCAGAUGGGAAAUUCAAUUUCAUAAUAAGAGCAAGAGGUCAUGGAUAUAAUAUGUACCUGGAUAUAGAUGUGUUUGAAUCAAAUAUGGGCACAAGAGAACUAAAACACAAUUUAGGAGACAUCACAUUUUUGACACUGGACGGUGAUAUUACCAAAAUUGAAGAUUUAAAGUUUACAUAUGCGUAAUUAUAAGUAUUUAAAGUAGUCUUACCCAUUGUAUUAUACUUAUGUGAGAUUUUAUUUAUUGUAAUUAUGUGCAUUUGAAUAAUGUUUCUCAUGGAAGAAUCACACAUACUGUUAUUGAUCAGAAUUCCAUUUUUUUUCAGUAUUAAGCUUGAUUUUUGUGGUUGUAUUUAUUGUUACUUUAAGUUUAGGAUAUUUUUUUUUGUUAUUGAGGAUCCCACCCAUAUGUUCACACUCUAAUGAAUAAUAUUCUCAAUAUUGUUAGUUAUUUUUUGUAAUAAAAUUAUGAAAAAAUAUAAAUUAUCUAGUUAUUCAA